AUGUUCAAGAACGGUAGUAUCCGCAGCAGCAGCAGAACCCGCCCCCGCCUCCUCACCAACCGCCUAUCCUCCCAAACACCACGCAUCACAUCACUGCCCUCUUCAUCUCUGGUCGACGCCCUGUGCGCCGCUCUGACCACUGCACGCAGCCCACAAGGCAGGGCGCAAGGGAGAGCACCAGACAGGGCACAAGGGGCACAAGGAAGCAGAGGAGAAAGGCCGGUGAGGGAGGGUGGAGGACAGGCUGUGGAUCUGCUUCUGGAGGAACUUGAGAGGCGCAUGCAGACAGGGGUGGAGAGUGGUGUGGAGGGGUUGGGGUUGGAGAGUGUGCGGUCGGAGGAGCAGCGGAACAGGUUCGGGAGCGUUUCAAGUGAAAAAGGUGUGAGAAGUGGACGGGGAGGCGAAGAGAGAAGGACGGGAGGAGGGGGAAUGGAGGAGGCGACAGGUGGGCACAAGAGGAGCGAGAGGAGGAGGGAGGGAGGAGGGAGUGAAGGAAGGGAGAGGAGCGAAAGCAGGGAGUGGGGUCAGCUGUGUGCACGAGUACUGCGUGCAGCAGCAGUGGCAGGCAACGCAGAGGUGGGGCAUCGUGUGAUGCAUGCGAUGCUGUCAGCCGGUGUGCCUGUUGCGGUGGGCGCACAGAUCUCCUUUCUCCGCGCUUUGUGCAACGCCGGCAGGAUGCAUGAGGUGAGCACACAGCAGGCUGCGCGCACGUUGGAGAUUGAGGCCAAGCCUUGGACUGGCUUGAGAUGCGGGUGCAGCAGCAGGGCGGCAGCAGAAGGCUGGUCACCGCAGGGAGGAGAGGCCAGGGACAGCCGCAGUGCAGCGCACUGUGUGCUGCUCAUGGAGCAAUGUGGCGUGCCCUGUGAUGCCAUCUCCUACACCGAGCUCAUCAAGUUAGCGGGGCUAGUGGGGGACCGAGAGGCGCAUCUCCAUCCCACCCCUUCGUCCCCUUUCCCCCCGUCCUCCCCUCCCCCUCCCCCGCCGCUGCCUCUCGUGGCCCUGUCUGCACGUGUGGUGGCAUUCUCUCGCAUCCCCGGUGCUCUCUCUGACGCACUGCAAGCCAUGGAGGACGUGGAAGCAGCCGUGCUGAGGGAGCUGCAAGGGGGGCACGGCCGGAUAGGCUCCGGGUGUGGCCUGCUGCUGGAGAGAGCCGGUGCAGUGCGGUUGAAGCCGGUGCGGGUCGGGGCGGGAGGAAAGGAAGGGAUUGCUGGGGUUGAGGAGGGGUAUGGGCUUUCUACAGCAGCAGAGGGAGCAGGGGGAACAGUGGGAGAAGUGGGAGCAGGCGGAAGAGCAGGAGCAGCGGCAGCAAGAGGUUUGGAAGAGAGGAGUGAGAGGUCGAGUGCCAGGAGAGGGAUGGGCACGUCGGGAGCACGAGGCACAUGGGGGUGCAACAGGGAGGGUGCAUGGGAUGGAAAGCAGCUGCUGGCGCUCGUUUCUCAGCAUGAGGGGCAUGAGACAGAGGGCGUUGCUGCUGAGACGCGUGGGGAGUCAGAGGGAGCGACGCUGGGUGGAGCUGGGGAAGGGAGCGGAGACGAAGCAAGAGGGGAUUCCAUUAAUCGGGACAUGGGAUUGGGUUUAGGGAUGGGGCGGGGAAUGGAGUUGCAGGGUGCGAAGGAGGGGCGGGAGUGGGAGGCGGUGGAGAUGGGUUUGCGGGUGGGCUGGAAUGCCAUCCUUAAUGCGGCUGCGAAGCAUGCACGAUGGGAUUUGGCUCUGGCUAUGCUGCAACGGAUGGUGCAGUGGGGAGUGCAUCCAGAUGACUACACCAUCAAUGCUCUCACCCGUGCUGCCUUCGCUUCUCACCGACCCACGCUCGCACAGGCCAUAGACGCCCUGCGCCUGUUCCACCAGAUCCGGCAGGGAGGGGCCAGCAACAGCAGCAGCAGGACUGACGCACUUGCUGAUACUGAUGAUGGUGAUGACUAUCAUGAUGAGUAUGAUGACGAUGCUGGGGCUGUCACUCCUUCCAAUGCAGCAGCAGCAGCAGCAGCGGCUUCAAUCUCAUCCGGGGAGCAUGCAACGCGCCUGCGGUUCGCAGGAAACGCCCUCAUCCGCGCGUGCAGCAAGGAGGGCCGGUUUGACGAUGCAUUUCAGGUGUUCAGAGCCAUGCUGGAAGACCAAGUACCCGUUGACACCUGCACUCUGCAGGCCCUGCUGCUGCUCGCUGCUGGCCCCACCACGCCCACUAGAUGGGGCAUUAAAGGGAGUGGCGCGGGUGGGGGAGGCGGAGGGGACAUGGCGGGGGAUUGGAUGGGAGUGGACGGCGGGUGGGAAGUUAACGGGGGAGGAAGGGGGGGCAGUGAAAGUAGGAGACUUGGUGAAGUAGGUGCAGGGGAAGCGGAAGGUGAAUCUAGCAGUGGACGGUGGCAGAGCGGGGAUUAUGAUCACGAGGAUAUGGAUGGAGAGACAGGAGUUUCUGCUGUCGGAUGGAGAGAUGAUGGGGCUGGUGCAGCGGUGGGGGCAUCUUUUGGUGCAGUUAUGGGGGAGGGCGGGGAGGAGGAGGGAGAGGAGGGGGGGACGAGGCAGAGGGAGGUGUGGCGGCGAGUGGCGGCAGUGGAGGCGGCAAUGAGUGCUGCUGGUGUCAGGCACUCUGCUGCAUCUUUCUGCACACUCGUGCGUGUGUUGGGCGGGGCGGGGCUGUGCAGGGCGAUGCAGCAGCACGUGCAGUGGGGGCUGUCCACGCCUGAUGCUGCUGGCCGCCCCCUCACCGACACACUCACUCUCAACACCGCCAUCGCUGCCGCCGCCAGGCUCGGCCAGGUGCACGCAGCGAGGCAGCUGUUUGCUCUAACGGAGCAGCACCCGCACCUCACACCCACCACCGUCACCUUCAACGCUCUCCUCAACGCCCUUGCUGUCGCUGCUGCGCACAGAGGGGCGGGCAGUGCGAGUGCGAAGGGGGGAAGGAGAGGAGGAGACGUGCUGGUGGAGAGGGAUGGCCAGUGGCGGGGAGGAGGGGAUAGGGAGGGCGAGGGUGGUGAGACGGACUCCCAACGUGUCCCAUCUAUUCCCGUCCGACCCACCCACACUGCCCCACCCACACUGCCCCACAUCUCCCGCCCCACUGCUCAUCCACUUACCGCACACCACGUGGCUCGUUCCCUGGGAGCACGGCAGGCGGCAUGCAGUGCGCAAGACUACAAGGCAGCGCAUCGCUUCCUAGCGCGCAUGGAGCAGCACCCUCGCCUUGCCCCUGACCAGACGUCUUACAGCACUGCAGUCGCAUAUGCUGCCUUCCAGGGCAACAUCUGGCACAUGGAGCUGUUCCUGGCGCGGCUGCUGCGGCAGCGUGUGCCACUCUCCUUCUCCGCCCUUGCCUCGGUCGCAGAGGCAUACGCGCAUGCCGUUCCCCGCAGAAUCAACCAAGUCACACCUGCCACGCUAGCUCUCGCCGAGCAUUCCCAGCAGGUGCAGUGGGAGCAAGGGGGCAGUCUUGAGGGAGGCCAGGGGGAGAGCAAGGGGAUUGAGAAGGCAGAGGAAGGGAGGCGGGGGAGAGGGUCAGAAUUGGUGUCUGGUGGGGAGGGGGAAGGAGGAGGGGUGGCUGUGAGGAGUGAGGAGGGACGGUUGAUGGAGUUUGCAUGGCAGCUAGCAGCAGAGGUGGAAACGAGCGGUGAAGACGAGGAGGAAGGGGGUGGAGCAGCGAGGAGAAAAAGUGUGGUUGGAUGGAGGGCUCGGAUUGAGGAGCAAUUACAACAGUGGGAAUGCUCCUUGAAAUAG